UCUCCAUCUCCAUCUCCACUGCCAAAGUGGCCUGAGGGAGUUCCUGCUUCAACUCCCUCCACACGAAUCGCCAGAGACACAGUCGACUCGCUGCAGAUAAACGAAAAAUGAAGAAAGGGAUACACCCUCAGAUGCAAUGGAUAUCGUAUGUGACCCAGAGUGGGAGAUUGAUGCAUGUUAUGAUGACAAAGAUACACAAUACUGGCAAAGUUUACCAUUUCCGAGCAAGACGUCAAAUGGCUCAGAGCUUGGGGCAGAUUGCAAAAUACAAACGCCGUUAUGAGCAGCAGAAUGCUGAGGACAAUGACAAGUAGUACCUUUGAAGGUGCAAAUAGAAAGUCAAAGUCGACAAUUUGUUUUCUGGGUUCGGUCUUUCUAGCGCAAACACUUCGAGUCUUAUGGGUAAUGCACGUUUCCCACCUUUCUGUUUAAUAAGUCCAGGAAGGAGACCUUUUCAUCACUUACAGAGAAUGAGAUGGAAGAUAAGAAGUGUAUUUGUCAAUAGAUUGUUCGGUUUGUCCUUGGUUUGAUAGGUUUGUGUUCUUAAUGAUG